GGGGGGGUAUAAAUUAAUGUGUCGUCCGUGUUAGCUGUAGAUAUGUAGCUCUCUGGGUCUGCCCAAUAUUUUCCCAGAGAGCUACAGAUCUGCAGCUACUUUCAUGUAGAUGAAAAAUCAAACUGUGGCAAGGUGGCGAGACUAAGAGUUUAUCUACUUCUUUUAUGUUGUUUUUUUUUUUUUACUGGUUUUUUUUUUGUUUGUUUGUUGUUUUUUUUUGGUCUGUUUAUUAUUUUUUAAUAUUUUUUGUUGUUGAUAUUUUUUGUUUGGUCAUUUUUUCCCCCGGUUGAAGCAACCGGGGGAAAAAAUUACCCCCAAAAAAAUAUGAAAAACGAAACUGAUGACAAUUCGGUUGAUUUUUUUUGUUUGUUUGUUUGUUUGUUUUUUUUUUUUGGAUACUUCAAUUACACCCUGAAUGUAAUUGCGCCGACAAUAUUGAUAGAUUUAUUUUUUCUUCAAGUGAUAAACUGAACUUCCGAAAACACAAAGUUUGAUUUAAUAACAUCCCCAUAACCGGAAAAUGUCUCCUUGCUCUGUCCUGAGAUUUAAAGGUAAAAAAAGAUGUGUGUGCGGUAUACCUUUAAAUUACUUUUUGAAGUGACAAUGGUCAUAGACAGUUAAGCAUAAAUGAAAACAUUCCAUUAAAGCUAUCGGCUUGUGUGUCAUCCAAUAUUUCAGUAAGAGUUGUUAUCGCGUCCAUGGCGACGAGCCAUUGCUCCCUUUGUGUCACUAUCCACUAUUAAAAUCAGUGCCAUUAUUUAAGUAAAAUAUGUUUGCAUAAUUAUAGCACGACUUCAAAACCUUUCAUGUCCGUCAGAGCCCUAUCGAAUUCCAAUUUAUCAGUUCUACCACUGCUGUGUCAAUCAUAAAUCAAAACCAUGUGCAGGUCUUCCGUAUUCAUAAGACAUGCUGCAGUGUCCAUGCGGUGAACGGCGGGGUGGAUUGUCAUCACAAUGAUUGCUACAGAAGUUCAUGUAUCCGUAUAGUGCCAGGUUUACAGGUUAUUCUUUCUCGUUGUAUAAUGGAACAAGAGUCGACAGAAAAAGAUAUUGAACACACUAAUGCAGUUAGAAGAAGGCUGCUGGAGUCUCAGGAGGAACCGAUAUCAGUGAUCAGGGAGGAAACAGAGGAGGAACUGAAAGCAAAUGACGUCACCCGGCCCCUGACCAGUAAAGGCCGCCUACAGACCCACUUUCCCCAGCAAAGUCGUCCUUUAUCAAGUAAAAACAAAUACCCCCGUCCAGGAAGCACUCGAUCACAGGGGUCCAGUCGACCAGGAACUGGUUCCAGAAAAACAGUAAGUCGAGCCAGCAGUAGAAAGUCCCGACCAGAAAGUAGGGGAUCUCGACUGGAAAAGUCCAUUCCUGGCUCGGAUCAUAGUGAAAGCGAUGAAGAAAUCCAGACAAAACCAAGAGAUCGUGUACCGGAGAUUGAUUUCACCACCGUGGAUAUCAGUGAUGAAAAAGCCUUUGAUACUGAUCUGGAGGAUAAAGGAGCAGGUGCAGCCCCUGGAGUUUCUAUUGACCUGGUUGCAGACUUCCAGUAUCUGAGAACAGCUUAUGCUAUAGACACAAACCUCAAGUUUAGCGAUAAUCUUUUUGCAGCUCUUAAAACCACUACUGCAUAUGAUCCAACAGGAAGAACAGCCUAUAUAGAAGGAUGCAAAAAAGUGGGUGUGGUCCCUGCCUCCUAUUUCCUACGCCACAUGAAUGACCCCCAUCUUAGUAUGAAGCACCACGGUCUGGGAUCCCAGGGAAUGAGAGCUAUUGCAAUGUCAUUAGUGUCCAAUACUAGUGUUUUGACCCUUGACCUAAGUGAUAAUUGGUUGGGGCAACAAGGAGGUCAUGCUGUGUGUGAGAUGCUCAGGGAUAACUGUUUUAUUACACAUUUAAAUCUAUCUGACAACAAGCUUGGUCUACAGAGUGCAGAAUCAUUGUCACAAAUACUACAGCAAAACUCCACCCUGACACAUGUCACCUUGUCUGGCAAUGAUUUUGAUGACAAGGCAGCAGUCCACUUAUCAGAUGCAAUAACGAACACAACAAAACUAGAGUACUUGAAUUUAAGCCAUAAUCUGUUUGGUGAGAAUGCUGGAGUGAUCCUGGGCCCAGCCAUUGCUGACAAUAGCUCACUCAAAGAACUUGAUCUCAGUUGGAACUCCAUGCGCAGAAAAGGAGCUGUUGCAAUUGCUCAGGGUCUAAAGAAUAAUGUUUACAUGAAGAAGAUAAAUCUAGCUUGGAAUGGCUUUGGACUGGAGGGAACUAUUGCUCUGGGGGAUGCUUUAAAGGGGAACCAAGUUUUAGAGGAGUUAGAUUUAACAAAUAACAGAAUAACAUCAGAGGGAGCUGUAUUAAUUGGAAAAGGCGUAUCUUUGAAUGAAACAUUGACUGUACUUAGAAUGGGCAGAAAUCCAAUGCAGACAGCGGGGUGUUAUGGGAUUUGUGCAGCCAUUCUUAGAAAUCCAAAUUCUGCACUGAAAGAAAUUGAUUUUAGGGACAUCCUUGUUAAUAAGGAUUUUAAUGAUAUUUUCAAACAAGUUCAAGAACAGAUUCCUGACAUUAAGAUGAGGCAUGGUGGAAUGGAACCACCCAUGAAGCCACGGGCGAGGAUCCACCCAAUGGUUAAACUAACCAAUUAUAUAGAAAAGAACAAUCUUCGCUUAGUGGACUUCUUUAAUAAAUUUGACAAAGAUGGAAGUAUGAGUGUUACGUAUGCGGAAUUCCAGCAAGGAAUUGAGUGUGCAAAGGCAGCCUUACAAAAACUUGUGAAAUCUGAAACCCUCAAGGACACUGGAAUAAAGCUCUCUCAUGAUGAAGUACAGAUCUUGCUGAAAGAACUGGACAGUGAUGGGGAUGGAGAAAUCAACUUUAGUGAGAUGGUGAGUGGACAUACUGGGUUCCAAGAAAGUCAGCAGGAAAACAUUAAUGUGAUUCUGACCGCUACACAAGCCAGACCCGUAACAACAUAACAGAAACAGACUAAACAAGCCAGACCCGUAACAACAUACCAGCAACAGACUGAAAAUCUUUGUGACCUUGAUAGACUGCAAACGUCUGUCCAUUAUUUAGCCAUAACAAGAAUUUUUGGACAUGAAGGAAUUUAUGGUUAUUGUUUUUUUUUUUUUACAAAUGAAAAAUUCUGGUUUCUUACAAUAUGUUUACAUUUUAGAUGAUUUUAUGUCCUUACUGUUCUGUGCUAGGAUAAUUUCCCUGUAAAAAUAAAUAUACACAGGUGU